AAACAAUCAGGUAACAGUUCGAGAUUUCGAGUGAUCGAAACGAGUGCUACACCGUCGCUUUGGUAAUUUAACAUGUGAAAAUAUGUUCUGUGCGAUGUACGAUGAUCGUGGUUGUAUUUUGAAUGUAUUCAGUAUUGUUUUGCGAUAAAUGCUCGCAGUAAUUUAUCGAAAUGUCGUCUAAAAAUAACGCGGAUGUGAAACCUGCGAAAUGCAUGUUAGACGAGGAAGAUAGUGUAGCUUUAUCAGAUAUUUUGAUUUCGUUUAAUGGGCCCAUCAACGAAGAGCAUGCUUGGGCAUUGUGUUAUCAGUGCGCGAAAUGUUUUAAAAAUUCGUAUUCAAAAGAGUACGAAAAGUGUCGUUUAGUGAAAGAAUUAGAUCAAGUGAAGUUACACCGAGAAGGAUAUGUUAAUUCAAAAUCAAUCGUAUGCGAAGAUAGAUUACAAUGCACCAAUUCUUCAGAGCGCGAAUCAUCGAAGAAAAGGAAAAGUCCGCCGACAGAACAAAAGUUGAUCGCAUGGUUGGGAUUAGUGAUAUUUCAAGCACUCGAUUUUGGUAUGGAUGCAGAUGAAGAACGAUCCGUUAGUCCACAAUUAGAGAGGCUAUUGAAUUUUAUGGUACAAAGAGACGAUACAGAAAUAGAAAGAGCACAUCCCGAAACAGAUGACGAAGGAAUUGAAAAAGACUCAGGUGACUGCGAGGAUGACUCAAGAAGAAGUAACGAUAAGAAAAUUUCCUUAGACAAAGUAUUAAAAGUUUGUGAAGACCACGUCGGUGCGACGAAACCAGAAGAAGCAGACUCGCAUUACAGAGCAGUUUGUAGAGCACUAGUCGCCGAAGCAUUAGAAUUAUCUUCAUUUUUAGAAAAAGUAUCCGAAGGUACCAACGAUCUACGCCAAAAAGCCGACACAGAAGCUUCUUCGGAAGCUUUAGAUAAUUUAAAUUUUGAAGAUUGGGCGAUUUGUAUACCGAACUCGGCGUUACUACAAGCUCGUCUGUGGAUGCAAGUGAUUCGCGAACUCCGCCAUGGGGUGAAGUUAAAGAAAGUGGUUUACAGUCGUACGCCCAUCGAAUACGAGUUAACUCCUUACGAGAUACUCAUGGAAGAUAUCAGAUCUCGACGAUAUAAAUUAAAUAAAGUUAUGGUUAAUGGAAAUAUACCAGCACCUGUUAAAAAAGACGCUCACGCUAUUAUUUUAGAAUUUAUCAGAUCAAGACCACCGCUUAAAAAAGCAUCAGAAAGACAACUACCUCCUCGAAUGUACCAGGCGACUCCGAGAGAAAGACUAAUGGAAUCGAUCAAACAGGGAAAUAUUAAAUUAAGAAAAUCCAUCGGUUCAACGCCCAAACGAAUUGUGCCAUACGAUAGCGUUAAAAAUGCCAAUAGUGAAAAUAAUCGGUUUUCACAAAGACAAGGAUCGACCAGGCGAUUAAUCAAAGUUGACUAUUCGGUUAUUCAAAAUACCGACGACGAUGACGACGAUGAAGAAGAGGAAGAGGAGGAGAAAUACGCCAGCGAUCCAAAGAUACACUCGAAUUCCGACGAUCUAGCCAAGGUUACUCAGCAAAACGCCAUGUGCAGGACAGGUACCGUCAGUUCUGCCAACAAAAAUUCAUCCUCCGGGAUAUUAUCUCAAAGUGAUGAAAAGAACUUAGAACCAUACGAUUUAGCGACACAAUGUCCGAGUCGUAAGUCAAUGAGAAGACAUACCGUAGUCUGUACAAUUUCAAAUGCACAUGGCAAUGGCAGCCUCUCAGUACCACAAUCUAGACCGGUUUCGCGUAAUACGUCGACUCCACCUGCUGAAGAUUCGCUGAGCUACACGUUACCGGAAAUGUCGUGGUCGCGAAGUUCACUGCAGGAGGAAUUAUUCGAAUCGAAACAAUGGCAAGACGAAUGCCUUUCAUUAACUUUAGAAGAAAUCGUGCAUAUUCGCAGCGUAUUAACCAAAGCAGAACUUGAAAGUCUUCCGGUUGAAGGUCAUGUCAAAGAUGAUGUAGAAAAGAGAAAGGUAUGUUUUCUAUGUUUGAAAACUCGAUUUAGUAUAUUCGGUCCUUGGGGACAAAUCUGUAAAUUAUGUAGCAGAACAGUAUGUUCCAAGUGUUACUCAAAGAUGAGGAUACCUACCGAGCAUUUUUCGCAUGUACCUGUGGUAGCCUUAAGUCCAACGUUGCUCUCUCCUGUGGAGAAUGAAUAUUCCAUUACAAAUGCUAUAUUAUCCAGAUUAAAUGGGCACGAUGCGAAACGUGGUAGCGUUGGAAGUGCUCCUACUAGUCCAAAGUUAUCAAGAGCAUCGCCGUUACCUAACAAAAUGUCUGCCAGUUUUCACGACGGUGCAGAAUCCCUAAAUGCUAGUCCAGCGCACAGUUUACCAGAAAAAAGGAGAUUCAGUCAAGAUAAAUCAUCUGGAAGGUCCUCAAAAGCAGAGAAAUUGAAAGGCCUAGAGAUGAUAGUAUGUAUGGAUUGCAAAACGAUGGUUAUACAAAUCAUAAAAUCUUCACGAAUAAAUAGGAGUAAUAUUUUACACAGUCUUACUCUAGAUUUAACGCCUGUUUAUUAACAGCUGAACAACAUCGUCUGAUUUAAUUACCUAAGUACUGUAUUUUUAGAAGCCAUUGUUUUUUUUCCUAUAAUAAUCAAAGUAUAUGCAUUUUACUUAUUUAAUACGACACGUGGAUAAUAUCAUACUGUGAGGUGCGAAUUGAAUUCAUGGUACCUACUCUUGUGAGAGUAUACGAGAAGGUAUAUGAUAUUGCGAUAAGGUAUUUAGGUGAUUUUUAAUGAAAAUUUUUCUCAUUGAUAAUAACAAAUUUAUUAUUCAUCGUUCUAUUCUAUCUAAUUUCUCGAGUACACAAAAUUUUCUGAAAAUCAAAAUUUUCAGUGCUUCACUUGGUGACAUAAAUUGGACAAAUUUGUACAGUUCAUCGAUUAAAUUUCUGUAUUCAUAAAACUUGAUGAUUCGAAACCUUUACCUGCAUUUUUUGGCUGUGAAAGAAGUAACAUGUUAUAAGGAAUUAAUUUUCAUUUAAAUUGUUGAAAGUUUUUAAAAAUGAAUCUCGUAGUGUUUAUUGACGAUAUCUUGCUUGUCUGGCACCAAUAAUUAUUUCAGUACUUGAGUACUUUAAAUCUAACUUUUUCCUCAUUGGCCUACGUAACUUUUUGCUUUUCCUGUUGCAUCUGUCAACUUUCGAGAGUAAUUGAAAAUGUUACCUACGAAAUUUAUACUCAAAAUAUUCUAUUUAUGGAAUGUUUUUAUUCAUCUACAUUCUCAUAAUUACAGUACUUUGGUUUCUUUUGUAUAUGUAAAUUGCAACUUUUCGUGUCAUUUAUUUAUUUUUUACUUAAAUUUUCAACAGGUAUCUCAAUAGAUACAUUACGUUUGUAAAUCGUACAACCGAUUCUAUCACCACCUAUUUAUUUAUUUGAAAUUAGAUGUUCUUUUAUCCUUACUUAGCAAUAUUUAAAAAAAAUACCUAAUGUGAAUGAAUUUUUAAUGUAAUUUUUUCUCAUUAAUUCAAUUUAAUCUUAUCUAAGAGUAAUUUUUGAAUCAAUGUAAUUUAAAUGUUGACAAUUGGUUGUUAAAUGUAAAUGUUACUUGCAUUUUUUAAUCCAUAAUUUUGUAAAUAAAUUAAAAAUUUGAUGUUUAGUGUUGGAAUUUGCAGUAUUACUACUUCUACGAUUUGAAUGUGAUCCUCAGUGAUGUUGUGUAUUUUGUGCCGAAAUAAAAACUACUUUUUCGUGCCAAA